UCCCCGUUCGCUGUAAGCCUGUAACGUGUACGUCGCAGGUGGGGUGGAAUGGAGAUAUUGUGCCCCGGAAGCGUAAUCGGUACGGCCCGCUCGCAGAACUGCGGCUUCCGGCAAAGGAGAAACCUCAAAGCUUGCUUCCUUGGGCUGAGAAGCUUCCGAUGUUCCAAUGGGCGGUCGCGGUUUCGGAUUGUCAGCUCGAAGCGGUCUGAUUUUCAAGACUUUCAGGGCUAUGCAAAACCUUCCCGUCUACUCCCUGCCAGUGAAGUUAAGGUCUCCAGAGGAAUACCGCCUGAUGAGAAGCCCAUCCCUUCUGAUAAGGGUCAUUCUCAGGCUCUUUUCAAGAUUAAGAUUUGGACGAGUCGCAUGUACGGGUCAAGUUUGAGCAACGACAACUCGGGACUACUCCUCUGUGUGAUAGAUGAAAAUGGCGACUCGAUAUUACAGAGGAUACCUGCUAUCACAACGAGCAGUUCUUCCUCAGGAGAGAACAAUGAGUCUAACACGGUCCAUUUCCAACAGGGGUCUGAUGAUGAGUUCACAUUCGAAGGACCAAAACUGGGAAGAAUUCAAGCUGUUUGGAUCAGCCUCGAAUCAGGUCAGUGGAGAUCAGGGGGUCUGAGUCUCUCUGUCGUUUAUCCACCAUCAGAUGAAGGUCAUGGUGGAGAAGAAUUCCAAUUCACGGGUUUCCAGUAUGAUUUCAUAGCUGAGGAUGUCUUGCUUGGAGAGGGAAGUGACACAUCAAUGGUGGAACUCAGGCCUUCUCGAGUUGCCGAGUUGUCUGGGCCUGAUCCCUUUGUUCUCUUAAGCCGAAAUUCCCAGGAAUCUACAUCCGCCUUAACCAGCCAAACAUCCAAUGAGGAAAGCAUGAGGGAAUAUGCAGAUCUGAAGGCCUCUCUGCUACUUUAUGAUGCUGCUCUGAUUGUGAUCGGUUCAUCAGUUCUCUCAUUGUCAUUGGGUGAAAAUUCAGCUCUUGCUUUCUCCAUUGGCGGGGUUGGAGGGUUACUGUAUCUGCUUCUACUGCAGAGAUCUGUCGAUGAGUUGCCAUCUCCAGCAUCAAUAUCUAGGGACAGUGUCGGUCGAGUGCUUGGUCGGUUUUGGGGGCCCAUAUCAACCGUAGCAGUGGCAGUUGCUUUUGUUUUAGUAGCUUUGAAGUAUAGCUCAGGAGAAAACGCGGUAUCUUUCACCCCAAAGGAGCUCAUCCUUGGGAUGAUGGGAUUUCUUACUUGUAAAGUUGCCGUGGUCUUGGCGGCAUUUAAGCCCAUGACGAUAAGUUGGAACCGGUCGACUGAUUAAAGGAGGAAAAUGGGCAUAUUUGUCAUGUAUAUACCAUGAGAGUAGCAGAAACACCAGUUGAAUGAUUCCUUCAAAUCACACAGCACACUAUUAUUCUUUUGUUGUCACUUGUUUUCGAUCCAAGGCAUCUAUCUCGGCAGAGUUGAUA